GAGCAGUUCCGCCACCGUGUAAUAGCAGAUGCUUGCCUGCGCUAAGCUGAUUUACUUGUUUAAGAUCUGACCUCAUCAGUCUGUCAGAAUGGAUUCCCACCUCUACAGUUAGGGAGAGCUUAGCAGAAGUGUCCGUGAUCUACGGGAAAGAGAGAGAAAUAGAAAGCAAAGGAGGAGAAGGGCACACAUGCCUUUUCUGGAUUAAGACACAGGAGAUAAACAGACUCCAUUUCCUUUUCAGAACAGGAAUCUCUCUCUCUCUCUCUCUCUCUCUCUCUCUCUCUCUCUCUCUCUCUCUCUCUCUCUCUGUUUUUCUUCCAACCUGCAAAGAUGUCAGUGUCUGGAAAGAAGGAAUUUGAUGUGAAACAGAUCUUGAGGCUCCGCUGGAGAUGGUUCAGUCACCCUUCACAGACUUCCACUGGCACCGGAGGUUGUCUACAGCAGGAAGGAUAUGAGCAUAGAGGGACGCCAGUUCAGAACAGGCUCAAGAACCACUCGCGGGACAGAAAUGGGCUGAAGAAAACCAACAGUCCCAUCCGCCACAACAUCUUGGCGCCGGUGCCCGGCCCGACCCCGGUGCCCCACCGACCGAUUCAAACCUGGCAGGAGCAAAACCUCAUCGAACACCUGCAGGCAACGGACCAGCUGUCAAAAGCGGCCACGGGGGAGAACUGUGGCACACAAGACCCCAACAGAAACACACCGGACCUGCAGAUGAUCACAGAAGAGCACGACGACGAGACCGCGGAGAGGCUAUCCAUAAGCAGCUGCUCCUCUCCUCUGGGAGUGAACAACAAUAGAUCAGAUGAGUAUUUCCAUUCCACAAAUCAUGCAGAGCAGACAUUCCGUAAGAUGGAGAAUUAUCUCCAGCAGAAGCAACUCUGCGAUGUUCUCCUCAUCGUGGGAGACCACAAGAUCCCUGCUCACAGGUUGGUUCUAAGUGCUGUCUCUGACUACUUUGCCGCAAUGUUUACCAAUGACGUCCGUGAAGCCAAGCAAGAGGAGAUCAAAAUGGAAGGCGUAGAUCCAGACGCACUGAAAGCCCUUGUGCACUAUGCCUACACAGGUAUCUUGGAACUGAAGGAGGAUACGAUCGAGAGCUUGCUGGCUGCAGCUUGCCUUCUCCAGCUCUCGCAAGUCAUUGACGUUUGCUGCAACUUUCUCAUGAAGCAACUUCACCCUUCAAACUGCUUAGGGAUUCGGUCCUUUGGGGAUGCUCAGGGCUGCACGGAGCUCUUGCGAGUGGCGCACAUGUACACCAUGGAACACUUCACUGAUGUAAUAAAGAACCAGGAAUUCCUUCUGCUGCCUGCUGGCGAAAUCGCUAAACUGCUGUCCAGCGAUGACAUCAAUGUUCCCGAUGAAGAAUCCAUCUUCAAGGCUUUAAUGAUGUGGGUCAGACAUGACAUGCAGAACAGGCAGCAGGAGCUGGGGAUGCUUCUCUCCUACAUCAGACUGCCUCUCCUCUCCCCACAGUUACUAGCAGAUCUGGAAAACAGUCCCAUGUUUACCGAUGACCUUGAGUGCCAGAAACUUCUCAUGGAAGCGAUGAAGUAUCACCUGCUACCGGAGAGGAGGUCUAUGAUGCAGAGUCCGCGCACCAAGCCGAGGAAGUCCACCGUUGGCUCUCUCUAUGCCGUGGGGGGCAUGGAUGCCACCAAAGGCACCACCACAAUUGAGAAAUAUGACUUGAGGACAAACAGCUGGAUACAAAUCGGAACCAUGAGUGGGAGGCGGCUGCAGUUCGGAGUCGCCGUGAUCGACAACAAGCUCUACAUUGUGGGAGGGAGAGAUGGCCUGAAAACGUCCAACACAGUUGAAUGUUUCAACCCCGCCAGCAAAGCCUGGACUGUGAUGCCUCCAAUGUCAACCCACAGGCAUGGCUUAGGUGUAGCCAUGCUCGAAGGACCCAUGUACGCCGUAGGUGGCCAUGACGGGUGGAGCUACCUCAACACGGUUGAAAGAUGGGACCCCCAGGCACGGCAGUGGAAUUACGUAGCCAGCAUGGCCACCCCUAGGAGCACUGUGGGGGUUGCAGCCCUGAACAGCAAGCUGUAUGCUGUGGGUGGCCGCGAUGGCAGCUCCUGCUUGAAAUCCAUGGAGUGUUUUGACCCCCACACCAACAAAUGGAGCAUGUGUGCUGCCAUGUCCAAGCGGAGAGGGGGUGUUGGAGUCGCAACCUACAAUGGGUUUCUGUAUGCCGUGGGAGGCCACGACGCCCCUGCUUCCAACCACUGUUCGCGACUCUCUGAUUGCGUAGAAAGGUAUGAUCCCAAAACAGACACCUGGACUACCGUAGCCCCUUUGAGCGUUCCUCGUGACGCUGUUGGAGUCUGUCCUCUUGGGGACAGGCUAUAUGCAGUAGGUGGCUAUGACGGACACACCUACUUGGACACAGUGGAAUCCUAUGAUGCACAGAACAAUGAAUGGACAGAGGAAGUUCCAGUCAACAUAGGACGGGCCGGGGCCUGUAUUGUAGUUGUAAAACUACCGUGACGGACGUGACCGGGUGUGAAAUAAUACAUGAGCACAAUUUCACAAAGCAGCACGGCAGAAAGAGGAAGCGCGUCCUUGGACACUUUCAUUACAGAAGGGGAAAUGAGCAGACGUGUCAGUGUGCAGACUGAGCAUACAAAUAGCAUUUAUCUGCAUUCCAAAGACAUACUGGGCAGAUGCUUCAUCAUCAUGGUGGCGUUAACCUCUGCUCAUGAGGAGAAGGUGGGGAUACACUGUGCUCCAAAGACGUCUCAACACUCUAAACCAAGGGUAACCCCAAUUCGGCUGUGGAAAACUGACUGUGCAGCCCCCAAUGAAUUGUGUGCAUUUGCACAUCAUUGCUUUGCUCGCCUAAUUGAUUCUCCAACUGCUAGAGAUGGGGAAAUGGAGCCAGGAGUCAUCUCUAUCCCUUGCCUAAGGAAGCCCCACUCAUUCCCCAUCCCACAUGCUCCUUUGACUUCUGAGCUCGUGGGUUUCCAGCAGUAGGCACAAGGUAGCUUCCUACCUCCUCACCCCCCACUAGAUCACAUAAUGAGAUCUGUAGUGAUAAUUUCAGCAGUGAGGAACUGUUAAGGGCCAUGAGCACAAUGAAAACCCUCUAGACAGGGCUCCUUGACUUCAGUCCUCCAGCAGAUGUCAGCCUACAACGGGCUAUUGGCCACUGGGGCUGGGGAUUAUGGGAGUUGUAGUCCAAAAACAGAUGGAGGGCUUAAGUUGAGCAGGCCUGCUCUACAAAAUGCGGGUUUAAAAUAUGGCAUGUGCGGCUGCGAUUGAAAAGAUAAACUGGUUAGCAGGAGAAUUCCAGUGCCAUGCUGAGACUGAUCUUGCUAAAUAGCGAAUGACUGCAACACAUAACUUUGAUGGUAGAGGCUUUCUGCCUUUAGCCCAGGGCACAUGCUUAACUCAAACCUGGAGGGAUGAGUUCAAGUUUGUUUUAAACUGAACUCAUCCCAAAGUCGGUUGUGGCAUCCCUGGUGCAAGUCCACCUUAGGGGAGCCACUCAGAGAGGUUCAAUGAGCCACCUCACCAGGAACAGGGAUUGAAAGGGAAUCAGAAGCAGCGUUAUGUCCUUUCUUCAGGGAGACACUCAUGAUGUGAGAGAGCACUCAAGAGCUCUUCACACAUUAUAAUGAACACACCUACAAGAGAGAGCAGGACCGUGUAGUCCCACCCCAUACAUGUUGGGCAUAACUUGUGUGCACCCAGUUGAAGACAAUGCUUGUUCAAGGGUAUUCAGCACCUGUGUGUUCUUAACACCUUUGAAAUCUGGGUACAUAAAAACAGCCCUGCUGGAUCAGGCCCAAGGCCCACCUAGUCCAGCAUCCUGUUUCCCUCAGUGGCCCACUAGAUGCCUCUGAAAAGCCCACAGGCAAGAGGUGACAGUAUGCCCUCUCUCCUGCUGUUGCUCCUCUGCAACUGAUAUUUAGUAGGGAUGUGCACGGAUCCGGCAGGGGGCGGCUUGAGGGUGAAGGGGGGAUACCUUUAAGGGGAAGGAAGGGUGCUCUUACCCUUCCCGCCAUGUUUUCCCCACUGGGAAAAGGGUCCGGUGGGGCAGUAGUGUACCUCCCUGCUGCCCCAUUGCCUUGUUGGACUGGAAGUGACCAGAAGCAUCUGAGGUGCACACACGCGCCAGGUACUUCCAGCCACUUCCGGUCCGACGAGACAACGGAGCAGCAGGGAGGUACGCUGCCGCCCCGCCAAACUCUUUUAAAGUGCAGCACAGGUGGGAGAAAUGUGGUGGGAGGGGUAAGAACCUCUCCCGCCCUUAAAGGUAUCCCCUGCCUUUGAACCAGCUGAACCGCCAUUUUUUUGAACCUGUUCAGAGGCCCAUAAAAGGGCCUCCAAAGAGGGUUGUUCACAUCCCUAGUAUUUAGAGGCAUUGUGCCUCUGAGGCUGGAGGUGGCCUCUGGUCUUCAGACUAGUAGCCAUUGACAGACCUGAAGUUAUCUAAGCCCUUCUUAAAGCCGCCCAGGUUAGUGGCUGUCACCACAUCUUGGUGGCAGAGAAUUCAAUAGGUUAAUCAUGUGUUGUGUGAAAAAAAGCACUUCCUUUUGCCAUGCCUAAAUUUUUUAAGGUGCAAUCCCACUUCCUCUUCUACGUGUGGCUUGUAAUGUGUGAAAAUUCUUUGAGACUGCUUUCCAAGGUUGACUUGGGUUUGUGAUCCUUCAGAACCAAUGGUCUCUGCCUUCAAAGUGAAAAGCUCAUUUCGUUUACAGAGAUUUCUGAUGAAAUGUUAGAUGAGUUUGGUGCUUUGACAAAACUGCAGUGCUGCUAUUUUCAUAUUCAUUGCAAUGUGUCCAGCAACUCUCAAAAUGGUCUUUGCUCACAAAUCCAUCGGUCAGAACACUUUAAACCAAUUUGGUCUUCCCUAAGAGAAUCACUGCUUGUUAAGACCUGUCGUGGUAACGUAAUCACAUUUGGGGAAUCAGGAAAAUACGUAUAUCAUAUUGAUAUGACCUCACCUGCAGAGUGCAGACCUCAUGAUGCAUUCCGAUAACUGGAGACCAGAACAGAUGUGUUGCGCAAAAUUAUAUUCCAUUAAAAUAAGCAUGUUUAUAUUCUAAAUGGAAAGAUGUAGAAUACCAAGGAGGGUGAUUCAGUGACCACUUUGCUUUGGAAAGGAAAGGAAGGAGAGAAAAAAUCCCUGGCCAGUUUCUCAUGCACUGCCUUGGGAUCCCAGGAUGGGGCUUUAGCUCAGUGGUGGAGCAUCUGGUUUAUCAUGCAGAAGGUCCCAGGUUCAAUCCCUGGCAGCAUCUCCAGGGAGGGCUGGGAAAGAGCCCUGCCUGAAACCUUGGAGAGCUGCUGCCAGUCAGUGAAGACAGUACUGAACUAGAUGGACCAGGAGUCUGACUCAGUAUAAACCAGCGUCCUAUCCUAUGCUCCUAUGAUGAAGGUCAGCAUAAAAAUGUGUCAGUCCCAAGGGCACCCUGGGAGCUUCUGAACACUUGGGCUGCUCCAUUCAGUUCAAUGCACAAAACAGAUCUGCAGGUUCUUAAGGAGAAGGGCCAGAAUUCAAGAGACUAGCAUAUCUUUUGUAGGUAGAAGGCCCUUCAACUCUUGGCACCUCCAGUCAAAGGAAUCCCAGGUUAGCAGGGGUAGGAUCCCCACCUCAGGGCCAAAUUAGACAACUUCUUAUUCGGAAAAACUGCUUUUAUUUGUAAAAGCAAAGAAGGAAGGCUCUUUUCUCUGUGGCACCAAUUUCCUCUUUGGGCCCUUGCCCAGGGAGAAGAGUACAACUUGCUCCUACUACACAUCCUCUCCAAGUAAAUUAUUUUUUUUAAAGGUUCCAACUUUUUAGAUUCCAACUUUCCCCAUGAACCAUUAUUCUCAUGCAUUUGUUGCAUCUUCAGAUCUGCAAAACUCCUCUAAGAGAGGAAUCCAAACUCGCUACGAGACAGCUUCCCAUGUUCUUGGCUCACUUGGUCAGCAAUUAAUCUUCCUGGAAGGUCAUUAUGAGAAACAAUUAAGGAGUAACAGGUAUGGACCCACAACAAAAAGUUGCAGUAUGUCCCUGGUGUGCAUGUGUCACAUAGGAACCUAGGAAGCCGUCAUAUACGGAGUCAGACCACUGGUCCAUCUAGCUCAGUAUUGUCUACACAGACUGGCAGUGGCUUCUCCAAGGUUGCAGGCAGGAGUCUCUCUCAGCCCUCUCUUGGAGAUGCCAAAGAGUGAAAAAUUUCCCAUUCUUUUUGUUCAAGCCCUCCUUCCUCCCCACUUGCUACUGAGUUCCAAUAGCUCCGCCCACCUGCUUGUCUGUUCACUGCCCUGUGAGUCCACAAACAUUCCACUCAACUGAAUUUAUGGGGCAGCUUGGGGUUGCUCUUGGCUGCUUAGUCCCCACCCCUCACCCCCCGCCCCACUUUCAGAUUUCUGCAAAACUGACCUGCAGCUCACCCCGAGUCUCCCAGUAUUGCCUCUCACCUGUAGGUGCUCCAGUCAAGGAGCAGAACAUUCCCAGCUCUUUCAGCUGUGGUUGGCCAGUACGUCUUGUCUCCAUAUGUGCCAGUGUUCUCUCAUCCCUUUUGCCUCUAUGCUGCCCCCGGGGGAUGACCCAACACUUCUUAGGCAACCAGAUUCAACUCCGAGCCCUGCAGCUGCAGAACAGCUCUGCCUGUGGUCACUGACUGGCCUCCUUACCAUGAAUAUUAACUCCUUUCAAUUUCUUUUUUUCUAUUGAAUUCCCCCCCCCCUUUUGCCUGCUGAUCUAUGAAGUGAAUGCGGGAUGGGGCGUGGGGGUGGGGGUUGAAGGAAGGGGGUGCUAUUACUUUCUGGCGAUUUCACAAACUGCUAUCAUAUCACACACAAGGAAACGUUUCAUUGUAUAUAGGAAGCUCGGUCCUCUUACAAAUAUUUGGCCAGUGUGUUUUAAACGCUCCAGUUUGCAAGACUGGUUUAUUUGGGUUUUUAUUUUAUUUUAAAGAAGCCAUUAUUCGGUGGCUAGGUUUAAAAAACUGCCCAAAGGGAAGGGGAUUGGCAACUCUGCCCACAUACUCUUUUAAAACAAUCUUUAUACUAUUAUACAAUUUGCAAGAAAUACACACCGUAUUUACCCAAAUUCAAGACUAGGGUUUUUCGAAUCGGAACAACUGCAAAGAUCUAUAACCACUUCAGUUCUAAUAAACAUUAGAACUGGCCAGCAGUUUGGUUUGUGCCUUGUGUGGAGGCCCCAACUGGGCCUCUGCUGCCCCCCCCGAUGGGGGAAGCACCAGCGGGGCCUCGGGAAGCCGCCGCCGAGGAGCUGCAGCACCGCCAAGGCAUGUAAGGUGGCCUCCCACCCGCCCCGCCCAUCCUUCAAUGGGUUCGGUAAUGCUUGUAAAGGGGGAUCCCUACUAGAUUCCCCUUUGCAAGCACUAGAACCGGUCGAACCAGGCUGAACUGGUUUGAUCUGAACCGGGCCUGGUUGGGCUUGAACUUGAACCGGCCCCCCUGUUUUUGGAGUUCCAGUCUGGUUUGAGCUUGAACUGGUUAAACCGGGCUGGUUCGAACUGAACCCAGUUCAAUUCAAACUGGUUUGCACACCCCUAGUCCUGUUCCUUUGGGGCAAACACAGGUAUAACCUGUAUUUAACCUUUAUUUUUUAAGGGGGGUCGUCUUAAAUUUAGAGUCAUCUUCUAUUCAGGUGAAAACAGUUAAUGAAAAAAAAAGGGCAGACCAUAGAAAUAUUUAGCUAACAGACAAGGGUGGGGUGGGGUGCACAGGUAUGUAAUGUAUGUGUGUUUUUUUUUUUUUAAAAAUGCUGAUAAAUUAACACAAUGGAAAACUUAUAUUUAUAGUUCAGCAUGCUGUUUAAAUAAAGUCUACUUUCUCUGACAA